UAGAGCUUCUCACAUUCGAAAUUUCUUCCAUGUUCCUUCUAUGAAGCAAAAUCAAAAUGCUUUGAAAACAACCAAUAAUUAACAAAUAAAUAUUGUGUAGGAGAAGAGGAGUUCCUCACCCACCUGUUCCCUCCUCUCUACCUCAAACCCAAAAGUUCUGUUCUCUCCCCUCUUCUCUGCCUCUAUUUCUAUACCAAUUUCGCUUCUCCCUCUCUUGUUUGCAAUCUUUAAUACUUCUUGCAAAGGGUUCUUUCAAGUAUGAGUUAUUGAUUCUGAUUAGCUGAUUUGGUGUUGAUUGUGGGCUUUCUUUCCCUUUUCCUCACAAUCCACCUCUGCUUUUUGUUUUCCUUCUUUCUUCUUUAAAAAUCGGUAUGAGGAGAGGUAGAGCCGCCGCCGCCGCCGCCACCGCUGCCGCAACCAAACAAGUAGUGGAAACAAACGGAUCUGCACCUCAAAACGGGACAGAACCCAGAUACAGGGGAGUCCGGAGAAGACCAUGGGGCAGAUUCGCUGCCGAGAUCAGAGAUCCCUGGAAAAAAACUAGGGUCUGGCUUGGCACGUUCGACACCGCGGAGGAUGCGGCCCGAGCCUACGACGCGGCUGCCCUUUCACUCCGUGGACCCAAGGCCAAAACCAACUUUGUUAUUUCUUCCCCCCAUUUAUCUCCUUUCACCUACCAAAUUCCCACGGACCCUUUGAUGGAUUACAGGGUAUAUUCAGCAAAUGGGUUUGAUGAGCAUCACGUAAAUCCUCAGAGACCCACAUCUAGCAGCCAGAGCAGUACGGUGGAGUCUUUCAGCGGUCCUAGGCUGCCGGCGACAGCAACAGGAACAAAAAGAUCGGGGCUUUUGUUGGCGGCGACGGCUCCGAAGAAAAUCCAUCGUCGGACUCCACAGAUAGUGCCGGACGAUUGUCAGAGCGAUUGUGAUUCGUCGUCGUCGGUGGUUGAUGAUGGAGAUAUUGCAUCGUCCUCUUCCUUGUGCUCCCGAAAGCCUUUACCUUUUGAUCUGAAUUUUCCACCGUCGGAUCAGGUUGACUUUGUUGUUGACGAUCUCCACUGUACUGCUCUAUGCCUUUGAUGAUGAUUAGAAAAAAAAAAAAACAAAUUUUUUGACAUUAUUAUGCGGAUUGAUGAAAAAAAAAAGAAAUCAGAUUAGGUUAAGAUAAACUAUCUUAAUCUGUAUGAGUAUGCAUGUAUUAUGUUUUCUUGAUGAUCUUAUUGGUCAGAUUAUGAUGGAUUAUUAAGCUACUUGUUUCAGAUCCAUCUUUGUAAAUUUUUUUCUUCCUUUAAUAGAAAGACUUCGACUGCUAA